AUUAAAUACCCACUCUCCACUAUCUAAAGGUCACUAAUCACUCCCUCACUGUCUAUUUCUUGCAAUUUUUUGAGUUCAAGAAAAAAGAAAGAAAGAAAGAAAGAAGAUUACUACAGGUAGCAAUGGAGGGCAAGGAAGAAGAUGUUAGAUUGGGAGCUAACAAGUACAGGGAAACACAGCCAAUUGGCACGGCGGCUCAAAGCCAAGAUGAUAAGGAUUAUACAGAGCCACCACCGGCGCCUCUGUUUGAGCCUGGCGAGUUGACUUCAUGGUCGUUUUAUAGAGCUGGAAUUGCAGAGUUCAUAGCGACUUUCUUGUUCUUGUAUAUCUCUGUUUUGACUGUUAUGGGUGUUGUUAAAGCACCCACUAAAUGUUCCACUGUUGGUAUUCAAGGGAUUGCUUGGGCCUUUGGUGGCAUGAUCUUUGCUCUUGUUUACUGUACUGCUGGCAUUUCAGGAGGACACAUAAACCCAGCGGUGACCUUCGGGCUGUUUCUGGCAAGGAAGUUGUCGUUGACAAGGGCUUUGUUCUACAUGGUGAUGCAGUGCCUUGGAGCCAUAUGCGGUGCUGGUGUAGUAAAAGGAUUUGAAGGUAGUCAUGACUACACUAGGUUGGGUGGUGGUGCUAACAGUGUCAACCCUGGCUACACCAAAGGUGAUGGUCUUGGUGCUGAAAUUGUUGGUACCUUCGUCCUUGUUUACACUGUGUUCUCUGCCACUGAUGCCAAACGUAGUGCCAGAGACUCCCAUGUUCCCAUUCUGGCCCCUCUGCCAAUUGGGUUCGCUGUGUUCUUGGUGCACUUGGCUACCAUCCCAAUCACAGGAACUGGUAUCAACCCAGCUCGUAGUCUCGGUGCAGCCAUCAUCUUCAACAAGGACCAAGGCUGGGAUGAGCAUUGGAUUUUCUGGGUGGGUCCAUUCAUUGGAGCAGCACUUGCAGCUCUCUACCAUCAAGUUGUGAUCAGAGCCAUUCCUUUCAAGAAGUGAAGAUGUUGAUGAUGCCAGAUAUUUGUGACAGUUUGAUGUUUCGAGAUCAAGAUUAAGUUUGUUCCAUUCUACCUGUUUGAUCACUGUGCACCUGUAUCAUAUCAGCAUGUAAUAAUAGUACUCAAUUCUAUGUUUAUCAAUAGCCUUGACCCUCUUCUUUUUUGUUUGAGGAAGGGAAGGUUUGGUAAAAGGUCCCAUCUUUAAGAAGGUGGGCUGUUUGUAUCACUAUUUCUCUUUCUUAUAUUAUUAUUGUUAUUAAUAUUA